AUAUAGACUGGUACAAUAUGGUGUGUAUUAAGGCACCAUAUGCUAUUGACAUUUUAUAUAUUAUCAUUUGUGCAUGUCAGAUACUGUAAAUGUUUAUAUAGGAGUUACUACUAUACAUAGUGAAUACUUUCUAUACAGCUGGGAGCUACCUUCUAAUUGUGGCAUCUAUAUUUGAUGAGGGUUAAUUAGCAGACGACAAAAUAACUGCCACUUUGCUGUUCCAAGUUAUGAAAAAGAUUAAAGUAUAGCACAGGAGGCUUUUAUACUGAAUGAGUCAUACUAAAUAUCUAAUGUUUGUUAAAAGUUUCCAAGACUUAGUGACAUUGUGGUGGGGGAUAUAUUACAUGUCACUUACAGAAGAAGUGGUAAAAGGCAUUUGAAAUAUAAAUGAGUUGUAUCAAUGAAAGCAUGAAAAUGUAUGCAUGGACAAUUAUUACAGAAGCAAUAGGAAUUGGAGGAUUUUAGAAAGGUUACAGAAGGCCCAUUAUGAUGUGUGGAAGCUGACGAUGUCCCUAUAUGCUUCGUUUGCCUACGUUAUAGCGAUUAUUAUCGGAAUGGUGCUCUACUACUCUUUCCAACGACGGGACAAGAAAGAGGUUGCUGCCCCUACAGAAGCUUUACUAAAACGACGGAAACGUUUCCAGAAAACGCCGUCAAUAUUUGCCGUGCUUGGUAUAGAGAGCAAUAACAAUCGUAGGAAUUUCUAUGCAAUCGAGGAUCAUUUCUCGAGCUUUAAUGAGGUAAGCAAAGCCUGUGCAAAGGCUGGGUUAGAACACUGUGGACUUAUAGUUGGAAUAGAUUUUACCGCAAGUAACGAAUGGCAGGGUAGAAAAACUUUUCAUGGUAAUAGUUUGCAUCGUAUUGAAGGCUCAAAAAUAUUCAAUCCAUAUCAGAAAGUUAUACAUAUCAUGGGAAAUACAUUAGAACCUUUUGAUGAUGAUAGAAACAUUCCUGCGUUUGGAUUUGGUGAUAGCACUACAUUAGAUGAAAAUGUGUUUCCAUUCCAUUCUGACGGUUCUUCAUGCAAAGGAUUUGUAGAAGUUUUAGAACGAUAUAAUAACAUAGCAACUAGGGUACAUCUUAGUGGUCCAACCAAUUAUGCUCCGUUAAUUUACAAAGCAAUAGAAAUAGUAAAACAAGAACGGCAGUAUCACAUACUUCUUAUUAUAGCGGAUGGACAGGUAACAGAGGAAGAUAGAACUAUAGAUGCUAUUGUAGCUGCAUCGGAAUAUCCGCUUAGUAUUGUAGUUAUUGGUGUAGGGGAUGGACCGUGGGAAACGAUGGAGGAUUUUGAUAAUUUACUGCCGAAACGUAAAUUUGACAAUUUUCAGUUUGUGAACUACCAUAAAGUGACAGCUAAAUCAAGAAAACCAGAGCUGACAUUCGCCCUUCAUGCAAUGAUGGAGAUACCUGAUCAGUUUAAAACAAUAAAAGCCAUGGGAUAUCUUAAUAAGAUAAAGCAAAAAUCUGAGCUCCAACAAACAGAUGUGUGAUACAUUUCAUUACAAUACCAAAGCACUUUGUGAUUUUUGUUUGAAAUUUUGAAUUAAACCAGUUCUGUUCAACAU